CUCCACUUACUUGAAAACGAAGGAUGACUUUGACCGUGUCGACGGACCUGUCAGUCAACACUAGCCCAACUCCGGUAGAGGAAAAACUACAAGACAAACAAAAAGCUCUCCGGGACAGCAUCGAGAAGGGGGAGCCCAAAAUAUUCGGGGUCGCUCAGAUAGUAAUAGGAUUGCUGAUCAUCUCCUAUUCUAUUCCUCUGCUCUCCGCUGAGAGGACCAUGAUACUUAACUUUGGUGUGCCAUGGUGGAGUGGCCUUAUGUUUGUCAUUUCAGGCGCAGCUGCAAUAGCAUUGGAAAAGUAUGCCAACUUGAAAGCAGUCUCUGUUUGUUUGGCAAUGUCUGCUUUGGCCAUUAUCAUCUCAGUUAUUGCACUUGUCCUAUACUAUGCUGACAUUGCUUUCAAUCCGGCAACCAAAUGCCAUGAGGGACCACACCAGAUGUGUCACCACCAGUAUUAUGCCACUCAUUUCAGCAGGGGAUUGAAGGCAACCAUCUCCAUGUUCAGUAUGGUCCAGACAGCAAUGUCCUUUGCUUUUACAGUUAUACAGUAUAAUCAGAGGAGGAACUUUACAGGCUAUGCGACCAUGACUGAAUUACAUCCUGCUUAAUCCCAUGACAUUUCUGGAUUUAAAUCAGGUCCUAUCCACUAUCCACUUCCUAUAGCCUACAUGUGGUUUUUCUUGUUCCAAGUGUUGUUGUAUUUUCGGUAAAACUGAAUGUGAAU